UAAGCACCUAAUUUUCUGACGUCACUCAUUUUCCGCAAAAUGGCUGAUGUAGAUUUGUACAAAAUACUUGGCGUUUCAAAAACCGCCUCAGAUAGUGAAAUCAAAAAGGCAUACCACAAACUAGCCAAAACUUACCAUCCUGACAAGAACCCAGAAGCAGGAGAAAAGUUUAAAGAGAUCAGUUUUGCCUAUGAAGUUCUGUCCAAUCCAGAGAAGCGAGAAAUUUACGACCGUCAUGGAAUGCAGGGUCUUAAAGAGGGAACUGGCGGGGGUGGGGGUUUCCCAGAUAUAUUCUCCGAUUUGUUUGGUGGAUUCUUUGGCAUGGGGGGUAUGGGUGGGGUGAGAGGGGGGAUGGGGGGGAGAGGAAGGAGAAGAGGAGAGGAUACAUACCAUCCACUGAGGGUUUCUUUAGAGGAUUUAUAUAACGGAACAACAAAGAAAUUACAACUUAGUAAAACUGUUAUAUGUAAAAAAUGUAAUGGUCAAGGUGGUAAACCAGGCGCUCUCCAGAACUGUACAGUGUGUCACGGGCGCGGCGUGAAGGUGACACUAAGACAGCUGGGACCGGGGAUGGUCCAACAGUUGCAGACAAUUUGUCCACAGUGUCACGGAGAAGGUGAAAUGAUAAAUGAAAAAGACAGGUGUAAGGAAUGCAAGGGAAAGAAAGUUAGCCAAGAAACCAAGAUUCUGGAGGUUCACGUAGACAAAGGAAUGAAGGACGGACAGAAGAUACCAUUCAGAGGAGAGGGUGACCAGACGCCCGGCAUGGAAGCAGGAGAUGUGGUCAUUGUGCUGCAGCUCAAAGACCAUGAAACUUUCACGAGGAACGGAGCUGACCUCUACUGCUCACACAAGAUAGGCAUCACUGAGGCCUUGUGUGGCUUUGAGUUUGUACUGAAGCACCUGGACAACAGGGAGUUAGUGAUCAAACACCCCCAGGGACAGGUGAUAGAGCCUGGUUCCAUGAAGGCAGUGAUUGGUGAGGGGAUGCCACAUCACAGGAAUCCCUUUGAGAAAGGAAAUCUUUAUAUUAAAUUUGAGAUCACAUUCCCCACAAAUGGUUUCUUGAAAGGGGAUGAACUCAAGAAAUUGGAAAAAUUGCUCCCAGCGCGGCCUCCAUUUCACGCUCCUACCGGAGAACACGUGGAGGAAGUGGACCUGGUGGAAUAUGACGCCUCCAAAAUGGGCGGAGCAGGAAGGCGGGGAGAGGCGUACGAAUCGGACGAUGAUGAUGAAGGAGGACACGGAGGACCUAGGGUGCAGUGUGCACAUCAAUAACGUGAAAUUCUGUUCUAGGAAUACUUUGAGGAUUAGGUAAUAAAGACAUCUUUGAUAAGGAUGGUAUUUAAUGAUAAUUUAAUAACACAAUGAUUACAGGAUUUUAUGACAAGCUUGUGCUGGAUGGAGGUGCCAUCUACAAGUCUCAUCUAGUUGAGAUAUUGGAGGAGGAUAAUGGAAUUCUGUUAUGAGAUUUUACCAUGCAAUAGACACUUGAUUUUUUUUCCCUGAGAGUCAACCAAAGGAGGACUUUAUAUUUAGAAUCACUUUCUUUAUUUACUUCCUCUGACUACAUGGAUUGGGGGAAAGAAUUGGGUUAAAAACUGAAUCUAGGACAAAAACCAGAAAGUGGGUGUUAACUUUAUGAAACAAGUGCUUUCAUUAGUGGAGGACAUGUUGACGAUAUACCUUAAGCUGGAAAGCAGUGGCUUUUCUUUCAGAUAACACAUACCCAUUGUUUUGUUUCUCUUCCUACUUGCUUGCCCUCCCUCUCCCCUCCCCUCCCUCUCUCUCUCUCUCACAUUGCUUACACAAAAGUUUUUUGUCUCAAAAAAUGUGAAUUGCAUGUAAGUAGGUUGUCAUGGUAUGUUCCAUAAUGGAAAUUUUGGUCCUAAUUUUUAAAAAAAAUUAUGAUCACCCUGGGUUUUACUGGUGAUGCAGCCGACCAGUUAUACAGGUCGUAGAUAAAAUCUUCUAUCAUCGUGCAAAUUGAGGCAAUUUUCCACAAAGGUUCUAUGUGGUCCAAAGUUUCGGUGGUUAUUUAUUGCUACACAGGUAAUUCAAGUAUCUAAAAAUAUCCUAGAAACCAAGUUGCUAACAUAUACCUAACACUGUUGAAUAAUGAUGAUGCUACAAUUCAAAUUUUUACUACAUAGUUCAUGUGCUUAUAUGUACGAUGCCGUGAAGUGAAGUGCUAUUUAAACUGUUACAGGGGGUGUGAUGGGAUGAAAUGACACAGAUAUUCAUUUGCCAUUUUACGGGACAAUGUGUGUAUUAUAUGUGUAUAGUUCACAAUAUUUAAGAAUCACUUGUCUGCAAAAGUCAUUGAAUGAAUUGUAUUCCUUUUUAUUAUUGGAAAUAAACUAAAUAUGCUUGA